AUGACUUCGCAGAAUCUUGAACCAGAAUCCCCAGUGGAGGAUUAUACGCCAACAUUCUAUAUCGGACAUCAUGAAUCGAAGCGACCACUGCCUGUCACAGACUUUGUUCUGCGACAGGCGCAUGACGUUGGAUAUGAUAUGGUUACCAGUCCCAUCACAAGCCCUUACUUCCACUCUAGAGUUUUGACUUUGAUCUCCACGUACCUCUCCGAACUAUCGCAGAACGAGUCGAAAUCUGGUAGCAUCCCACCAGCGCCGAUUAUCCCCCCUCUCGACCCAGUCGAUACCCCUCUAACUCCUAGUGACUCGCUUUCUCAGAUCAUCGCAUACUCGAGUCCGUGGAUAGAUCUCUGUUCACCAGAUCCUUUGAUAAGCAACAUCUCGCGUCAAGUGCUUAAUAUAGAGAUUGCCUAUGCUGCUUUCUGUGGAGUGGGACACAUUAUUAUACCAGGGCCGAGAAACUACAGCAGUGGGACAAACGAGAACAACGGGCUCAUACAGUAUGCUCGCGCCAUUCAAGAAGCCCUCGCCAUUGGUAGCUACCUUCAAAUGGCGAUUCAGAUCCCAAUGUACGGACACGAAGAAGUAAAAGAAAUGACAGGCGACUUGCAGCCAUUUGCAAGGACUUUGGAUGCGACAACCCCAAACCCGAAAGCAAGCAAGCACAUUGAUCUGUUUGAGACAUGGGAUGCGUGGAAUUUUAUUCGCAGUGUAUGUAAAUACAAUUCAAGACUCUCUGUAGGUUUGGGAAUUCCUCGUCACUUACCUUUAGAUUCUCUACAAUCCAGAUGGUUUGCAGAACCACUUCGACUGCUAUCUUUCACACCCUCCUCUUUUUUGAAGAACAAGGGUGGGCAUCCUGUUCUAGGUAAAGCGCAUCAAGCACUCUUAUCAAGAUACAUGAGGUCUAAACAUCCACCUUGGUUACUGUUGUCCGAUGUUGGACCAAUUCCAGGAUUGGAUGAUCCUACCGCACUCACACCUGUUGCCGAUGGCUUCCCAUCACCGAGCGCUGUUGCUGAUGCAUCAAGAUCCAGUUCUAUGUCUGCCUCCCCAACUCCUGCUGAAUCAGCCGAUCACACCACGAAGCAGAAGUCGAAGUCUAAGGACUCGGCAGCUCAUUUGAUAUACAUGAGGUAUCUCCAGCGGAAUCAGCCUCCCCGAACAGCUAUAGAGAAAUUCGGUUCUGGAUACCAAGAUUAUCUCCAAGCCCCGCUUCAACCUCUCACAGACAAUCUCGAGUCUGUCACUUAUGAGGUUUUCGAGAAGGACCCCGUCAAAUACGACUGGUAUGAACGUGCUAUUGAGGAGGCAUUAUCUGAUUGGGCAUCACAGAAAAAGCCAACCUCCAAUUUGAACGGCUCAGUGGUGAUAGCUGUUGCUGGCUCCGGUCGUGGUCCUCUCGUCACUCGUGCACUGAAAGCGAGUCAAACAACUGGCGUUGCGGUCGAAGUGUGGGCGGUCGAAAAGAAUCCCAACGCGUACGUGCUCCUUCAGAGACACAACGAAGAAGACUGGGGCCGAGUUGUAAACGUUGUCAAGAGUGAUAUGCGUGCCUGGAAAGGUCCCCUUCGAUCGGCAUCUGGCGCUGCGGCCUCGCCAGUUCCAAUAUACGGAAAGGUAGACAUUAUUGUGUCUGAGCUACUAGGCUCAUUCGCCGAUAAUGAACUCUCACCCGAGUGUCUAGAUGGUGUACAACAUGUAUUGGCUCCCCAGUUUGGUAUAUCAAUUCCUAGCUCGUAUACAGCGCACUUAACGCCUAUUCUGGCGCCUCGACUACAUUCGGAUAUUUCUCAAAGGGCUAUCACAGAUACAACUGCAACAGAGACUCCGUAUGUGGUCAUGUUACAUGCUAUUGACUAUCUCGCCACAUCUGUACCUGACCACCCUCGCAUUCAACAGGCUUGGGAAUUCACGCACCCGCUUCCUGCUAGUACCCUUGCGAUAGCGGAGGCUAGAAGAAGCGGAGGUGUCAGCGGUGGUGGUGGUGGCAGUAUGGCUGGAGGAGAUGGAGCGAAUGAGCAUAACACUCGAUACUCAAGACUCAACUUUGUCUGUAAAGACAGAGGAGUGGUCAAUGGGAUAGCCGGGUAUUUUGAGGCUGUGCUCUACGAUGGUGGUGAGAAUGGGAAGGUAGAGUUGAGCACUCGGCCUGACACUAUUGACGCGAAAAGCAAGGAUAUGAUCUCCUGGUUCCCUAUAUUCUUCCCUCUGAAGAACCCUCUUUACUUCCCUGACGACUCGGAACUAGAAAUUAGUGUCUGGAGACAGACGGAUGACAGAAAAGUAUGGUAUGAAUGGCUGGUUGAGGCAUUCGUUAUGGUAGGACCAAAUAAACGAAUGCGACUAGGGAUGAGUGAAGUAGGAAGCAGUCGAAAGGUUGGAUGUCUUAUGUGA